UUUCUCGUUCACUUUCUCUUGAACUUCGUCAGCAGCAGUGUAUAAUUUUUGUAUGUGAUUAAAUUUUUUUUUUUUUUUGUUCACCAAAGAAUACGUAAUUUAUUGUCGUCAAUUUAAUAAUUUUUAUAAAUAAUUAAUUUAAAAUUUAGUAUCAUAAUAAAAUUUAUUUAUGUUAAAAUUAGUUUAAAGUUAUAUCGUGAUAUAUGUAUUGCGCGAGUAAAAAAUGGCGGAUUUCCCUCAAUCCGACCACGUGGUGAAGCGUUUAACAUCACAAGAAAUUGAGAAACUUGACGCUCAAAAUUCACGAAUAAUUUCUCAAUUUCGUGCAAAACAAUUAGAAAAAGAUGCUAAAAAAUAUUGGGAUUUAUUUUAUAAAAGAAAUGAAACAAGAUUCUUUAAAGAUCGUCAUUGGACGACAAGAGAAUUUCAAGAAUUAUUAGAUAUUGACGACUCUAAAGAACAAAUUCUUAUGGAAGUUGGUUGUGGAGUUGGAAAUUUUAUUUAUCCAUUAAUUGAAGAUGGAAUUAAUGUUAAAAAAAUAUUUGCCUGUGAUUUAUCGCCAAGGGCAAUUGAAUUUGUUAAGAUGCACAAUCUCUAUGACCCACAAAAGAUAGAAGCUUUUCAAGCUGACGUUACAUUGGAAAAGUGUUUUUCAAAUAUCGAUAUUCCAAUAGAUAUUGCAACUCUCAUAUUCGUCUUGUCAGCAGUACAUCCAGAUAAAUUUAAACGAGUAGCAGAAAAUCUAUUCGAUAAAUUGAACAACGGUGGCAUGAUAUUAUUUCGAGAUUACGGAUUAUAUGACAUGGCUCAACUGAGAUUUAAGGCGGGACAUAAAAUUGCAGAAAAUUUUUAUAUGCGACAAGAUGGCACAAGAAGCUACUAUUUUUCAAUUGAAGAGAUUAAAAAUCUUUUCGAAUCAAGUGGCUUUGAAACUGUGUCCUGUUCGUAUAUUCACAGACGAACAAUUAAUUUAAAAGAAAACAUCGAUGUGCCGAGAAUUUUUGUUCAAGCAAAAUUUAAAAAACCUUGAAAAAAUGAGUAUUCUAUAUGAAUGAUGUGAAAAUUCAUUUCAAAAAAUGACUGUCUUCAAAAUUUCCCACAAUCAAGCAAGUUGAGCAGUGUACAUUGAGUGUUACACUUUGAAAAGAUUCUUUGGAAAAUUGAAAUUGGAGUCUUCUGAGAUUGUCGGGAAGACUUAAAAUAAGAAACUCAAUCUUGUCUUGAAACUUGGAAAGUUAACUGAGAAUUUUAAUCAACCAAGACUAAAAUUGAUUUCAACAUUCUAACCAUGGAAUUCACUUUGAUCCAAUAAAAGAAUCCACUUUCAUUUUUAUGGAGUUCUCUAUAAAGAAAAGUCACAGCGUGAAACUUAAAGCUAAAUGCAGAGGACUGAUGUAAGACGCAAAUUUAAUUAACUGGUUUGUUAAGGGGCUACAAUUUUUUUUCAUCAAGAAAAUGAAAGUAUCACAAUAAAAUUUUGUAAUAAAUAAGUUAUUAAAAUAAAUUGUUAAGUCUUUAAA